AGAAAUUUCUUAAUGAGUAUUAUCUACUAGUAGUCUACAUGAUAUCUGCAUAUUCUUCUUACUUUCCUUUUGCUUAGAAUUAAAAACGGGAAACUUGACAAACUGGUUGGAAUAUAAUAGAAUUUUUGGCGUUACAACCCACAUCCCUCUCUAUAUAUACUGAAACAAAGACUCCGUCUUUUGGACUCUUUAUUAUUUACAAGCUACAUCAAUCCACCCCACUUUUUUUUUCCAAUGGAUGAAUUAUGGACAAGUCUCAGAAGAACUCAGGUACUUAAUAUCAUCGGAUUACUUGGUGUACUUGUUUUGUUGAACACAAAUGGAGUUGAGAGUAGAAAAAGGGCCCAUGAUUUGGUGUCCUUUCAGUAUCCGGCUAUAAGUUGCAGAGCUCACAGUGCUUCGUUGGAAGAUUUUGGCGGAGUUGGUGAUGGAACUACAUCAAACACAAAGGCUUUUAAGGCUGCAAUAGACCAUUUGAGCCAGUUCGCAACAGUUGGCGGGUCCCAACUCUAUAUUCCUCCCGGAAAGUGGUUGACCGGAAGCUUCAAUCUCACCAGCCAUUUUACUUUGUAUCUUCACAAGGAUGCUGUUCUUCUUGGUUCUCAGGAUGAAAGGGAAUGGCCCCUUAUUGAACCUUUACCAUCAUAUGGUCGAGGAAGGGAUAAUGCUGAAGGUGGAAGGUAUAGCAGCCUAAUUUUUGGAACCAACCUAACUGAUGUUGUCAUAACAGGGGACAAUGGAACUAUUAAUGGUCAGGGUGAACCCUGGUGGACAAAAUUCCGUGCAAAACAGCUGAAGUAUACCCGGCCUUACCUUAUUGAAAUCUUGUACUCUGAGAAUGUUCAGAUAUCCAGUCUCACAUUGAUCAACUCUCCAUCCUGGAAUAUUCACCCUACUUAUUGCAGCAAUGUCAUUGUUCAAGGCAUAACAAUCCUAGCACCAGUGACAUCUCCAAACACUGAUGGCAUCAAUCCAGAUUCUUGCACAAAUACCCGAAUUGAGGAUUGUUACAUUGUCUCCGGAGAUGAUUGUGUAGCAGUUAAAAGUGGUUGGGACGAGUAUGGAAUUUCAUUUGGGAUGCCAACAAAGCAGCUUGUUAUCCGGCGACUAACAUGCAUUUCUCCAUUCAGUGCGGUGAUUGCUCUGGGUAGUGAGAUGUCUGGUGGGAUUGAAGAUGUCAGGGCAGAAGACAUCACAGCCAUUCAUUCUGAAUCUGGGGUUAGAAUCAAAUCUGCUGUAGGAAGAGGAGGCUUUGUAAAAGACAUAUACGUCCGAGGGAUGACUCUGAAAACCAUGAAAUGGGUAUUUUGGAUGACAGGCAAUUACGGUGAUCAUCCUGAUAAUAAAUAUGAUCCUAAAGCACUUCCAGUGAUUCAAAAUAUCAAUUAUCGUGAUAUCGUUGCUGAGAAUGUAACAAUGGCUGCUAAAUUGGAGGGAAUUCCCGGUGACAAAUUUUCUGAAAUUUGUAUAUCUAAUGCGACCAUUGGACUAUCAGCAAAGCCAAAGAAACUACAAUGGGACUGUACAGAUGUUGAAGGGAUUUCAAGUGGCGUGACUCCCAAACCAUGUGAGAUGUUGCCGGAUCAAGGGCCAGAGAAGAUCAAACAAUGCAAUUUUCCUGAAGAUAGUUUGCCUAUUGAUAACCUUAAAUUACGCACUUGUUACUACAAGAAGUAGUUUUGAUACAGAUUGAUCUGUCAACAUAGGGAAACUUCUACAUGCAAAAAGUUGAUUAAUAAUUGAAUAUCUAAAAUCCAUAUAAAGGAUGGAAAUGUUUCU